AUGACACCCAAGAUGUCUGACUUAGGGUUGUCAAGGGUAGUCGAAGAUGGUGAUGAAGAAAAGACUCAGCAUUUAAUUGGAACACGUGGUUAUAUGCCACCUGAGUACAUGAAACAUGGACGCUAUUCAACAAAAUCAUACGUGUUUAAUUAUGGAAUCAUGACAUUGGAGAUUGUCAGUGGCCAAAAGAAUUAUGAUUAUUGGCACCCAGUCUACGAUAUUGGUCUGGUAGACUAUGCUUGGAGAGUUUGGAGUAACGGGAAUGCCAUAGAACUACUGGAUCCAAUGAUUGAAAAACCAGGCGAUGAGAAUGAAGUUUUAGGAUGCAUCCUUGUUGGGCUCUUGUGUUGUCAACGCGGUCCCCAAGACAGACCUUCAAUGAUUCAGGCGGUUUCCUUACUGGAGGAGAAUGAAAUGUCAAGGUUAAAUUUUGUGCCUCAGGAACCUUACUACUCUAAGUGA